AUGAAAAUUUUCCUUUUUCUCCUGAAUUAUGCUUUUUCUAUAAAUUUCAAUUUGUGGGAAAAUGGAGGAUUUCUGGUCUCCGGCGACGAAGACGAUUUCAACCUCGCUUCUGGUGCUUACUUCAUUCGGGCGAAUAACAAAACUUACUCCACCACCGACAACACUCUCCAGAUCACGACUGUGAAGAAAGAAACAGGCACUGAUGUACACGGAAUCUUCACGAAAACAACUCUCCACUUCAACUCUACCGAAUUCAAAUCUCAGCUGCUGAUGGAAGCGUCAGUUCGACACUACCAGACCUUUGUUAUCUUUAACCAGAAAUUUGACCAUCUCGAGGGAAUGUCCAACAACGAUCCCAAUUCCGUCUCCACGAGUUUUCCCAGCUUCGAGAUCCCAAAACAAGGGAAGAAAGAAAUGUUCGUUAUCAAUCCUUGCGAUGAUAUGGCAGGAGAACAAGAGAUGGUUAGGGUACCAUGGAAUGAAGAAAAUGCGGAUAAAUUAUGCGGGGGACUAAAAGGGGGACCCUUCUUCAUUUUUGACAAAACGAAUUCUUCAGCAGGGCAUUUUAGUCAAGUUUUCACAAUUUCGUCUUUUUCAAAAUUCACCGCCGUCAAUUCUGAAAUCGAAAUUCUUCCUCUCCGCUCUACCCUUUCUUUUGGCCUGCCCGGAUCAUUGGAGAAUAUUUCAAACUAUGAAAUCGAAACUAUCCUGCACUUUGGAAACGAGGGAUUUUAUGAGAGUGUUCACGCCUGGGGCGAUGUUUUGCUGAAGCAAUAUGGGAAGACACGAGCAUAUCGAGAGUCUGAAUUGACAGUUAAUUACUUGAGCUACUGGACUGACCAAGCAAGACCUGAUGCUUUUCCUGAUUCGAUGCAAGGCCUCUAUUACAAUACCUCCCUACCCGUCAUCGCUCAUAAUCGCUGGUGGUGUAGCAAUACGACUUAUGCGAAGGAAAAUGGAGGGGGUUAUGAUUUUUCGAUUGACCGAAAGACGGGCUUUGCUUUGCCAACGGAAUAUCAGUUUUGGGAUGAUCUCUUUCGAAAUUCAACAAGAUGGGGUCUUCGGGUGUACCUUCAAGAUUGGAUGGGAGUCGCAACAAGCAAGCUUCCGGUGCUUGAGAAAGAUCUUUCAAUCGGUAAAAAACAAGACGAAAACAAGACAUUUGGAAAAUUUCUAGAGAGGAAUUGGCUUCUUCAGAUGUCUCAAGCAGCAGAAGCUAAUGGCAUCUCUAUCCUCUAUUGCAUGGCUUUUUCCCGACAUAUGCUCCAAUCUGUCGAGCUUCAAAACGUCGUUUCCAUCAGAUCCUCAGGCGACUACGAGCCGGGAAAUCGACAGUGGGACAUCAGCAUUUCCGCCAUUUACACUCAUGCUCUUGGUCUCGCCCCUUUCAAAGAUACUUUCUGGACGACGCCAAAGCAGCCGGGUCAUCCAGGCUACGAAAACAUUACCGAAUGGCAUCCGGAGCUCGAAUCGGCCAUGGCAACUCUCUCAACCGGAAUCGUCGGAAUCAGCGACCGAGUUGGCUACACAAAUGAUGACCUUGUCAGCAAGUCGAUUCGGCCUGACGGAAAAAUUCUUAAACCGUCCCGUCCGAUCGCUUGUCCCGACCAUCUUCUCUGGGAACUGAAUCCUUGGGAAGUGAACAAUGGAACUUCGGAGUUUGAAACAUAUUCUGAGCUGAAUGGCCAUCGAUGGGGAAUCAUACUUCUGUACAAAAAUGUGACAGAGAAAACUGUUCAUCGAAGUCAUAAUUUGAGAAAUUUUCAUUUCACAAGAAGCGGCAAAGGGGACAAGUUUCUUCUCACAGAAAACUUCGAAAAAUCGGAAGGAAGAAAAAUUGAUCAUGAAUUCGAGCACUUUCUAGCGCCAUCAGAAAAGCUGAAGAUGAUGUAUUUUGCUCCCCUGAUUCUUAUUCCCGGAAGAUCUCAAUCGUAUGUGACGAUUCUUGGCGAAAUUAAUAAAUGGGUCAAAGUUUCCCCGCAGCGAUUUUCAGAACUCCUUGUAACUCAUACUAUGCUCUCAGUUACACUUUCUGGCGUGGAUCAAGAAAGCAUUUGGGUCGGAAUUCAACUUGAGCUUGACGGACAAUCGACUUUUACUGAAUAUUUUUCCUGCAAAUUCGGCCCUUCAGGAAAGAACAAGCUUGUGUUUAACUUUGAUCAGACUUUCUCCUGCAACCAAAUUUAA